GAAUUAAUCACCCAAAAAAAUGGAAUAGAGUUGAGAUGGAUGAAAAUAAGACUUCGAGGCGCGAAUCAUCCUGGUGCUAAGAAGGAUGAAAAUAAGACAUUUAUUACUCCGACAUAUGAAUCACUAAGAAUGGGAUAUUUAAAUUUAAUAUUAAGCGAAAAAUAG